AUGCCGUCGUCACUGCCCAAGUCUUAUAAGGCAGCCGUCUUCGAGUCGAAGGGCUCUCCUAUCGUGCUCAAGGAGGUGGACCUCAAACAGCCGGGCCCAAAGCAAGUCCUGGUUAAAGUGCUAGCAUGCGGCGUUUGCCAUUCGGAUAGCUUUGUGCAGAAUGGCUUUUUCGGGGAAAUACUCCCACGCGUCCCUGGGCAUGAAUACAUCGGCACUGUAGUAGCAGUUGGUGAAGGCGUGACCAAAGUCUCAAACGGUGACCGUGUAGGUGGAGCCUGGCACGGAGGGCACGAUUCCACAUGUCGACAGUGCGCGCGUGCUCUAUUUCAAAUAUGUGACAACAAAGAGAUCAACGGCGUGAGUCGGGAUGGCGGAUACGCAGAGUAUGCCAUACUCAGGGAGGAGGCAGCAGUCCGCAUUCCGGCUGAGGCGGAUCCCGCUGAGACGGCACCGUUACUCUGCGCGGGUGUCACCGUCUUCAAUGGACUACGCAAGCUCCAUGUCGAGCAAGGGAACCUGGUGGCGGUUCAGGGAGUGGGUGGAUUAGGCCAUCUCGCUAUCCAGUACGCAAAUAAGAUGGGCUACCGCACAGUCGCUAUCAGCUCUGGCGACAGUAAACGAGAUUUCGCCCACAAACUCGGCGCCCAUGCAUACAUCGACACUAGCAAAGAUGACGCUGUCACCAAGCUCAAGGAGAUGGGAGGUGCUGCAGCAAUCAUUGCCACUGCGCCGAACCCAAAAGCUAUUAGCCCUCUGGUCUCUGGUUUACAGCCGGCUGGGAAGCUGCUCGUCCUUGCUCCUGUUGGCCCGGUAGAGUUCGACACCGGUGUAUUGGUCACCUUGGGCGCCUCGGUACAUGGCUGGCCCAGCGGGCACGCCACGGAUACUGAGGAGGCUAUUCAGUUCUCUCAAGAUCAUGGUGUGAAAUGCAUGAUCGAGAAGUUCCCUCUGGAUGACGCGCAGAAAGCAUUGGACCACUGCACAUCUGGCAAGGUUCGAUUCAGGUGUGUCCUUGUCGUAUAG